UGUUUUGUUCAGUAAUUGUGCUUCAGAUGAUCACUACUGACUAGCUGAGCAGAAUUUGUCACGCGGAGAAUAAACAUGCUUCUGGGAUUUACGGUACUUUUUAAGCAGUAUUUUUAGCCAUCAGCUGACGCGAGACCUGGCUACUUGGGGAGAGGAAAUCUAAAAAGAAAACAGCUAUGGCGGCCGAGAUUCAUUCAAGGCCACAGAGCUCCAGGCCUAUACUCUUGAACAAAAUCGAAGGGCACCAAGAUUCAGUGACUGCCGCGAUUUUAAUACCGAAGGAGGACGGAGUCAUCACGGUCAGCGAGGACAGGUCUAUUCGAGUAUGGCUGAAGAGAGACAGUGGACAGUACUGGCCCAGCAUUUACCAUACUGUGUCCUCUCCAUGUUCAUGCGUGGCAUACCACCAAGAAAGCAGGCGGAUUUUCGUAGGACAGGACAAUGGAUCUAUUGUGGAAUUUCUUAUUUCUGAAGACUUCAACAAGAUGAACCAUGUGAAAACCUAUCCAGCUCAUCAGGGUCGCGUGUCAGACAUAGUGUUCUCCUUGCUGAGUCAGUGGGUUGUGAGUACAGGUUAUGACAAGAGUGUCAGCUGGAUGUGCACCCAGAGCAGCUCCAUGCUCGGAUGCCACUACUUCAGCUCGUGGGCCUCAUGUCUUCAGUAUGAUGAUGAUACCCAGCAUGCAUUUGUUGGUGACUAUUCAGGACAAAUCACCUUGCUAAAAUUGGAAAGACAGACAUAUUCCACCAUAACUACUUUAAAAGGACAUGAAGGAAGCAUAGGAGCUCUGUGGUGGGACCCAGUGAAAAGAUGGCUGUUCUCUGGUGCAUCAGAUCACAGUAUAAUCAUGUGGGAUAUCGGUGGGAGAAAGGGACGCACGCUACUACUACAGGGACAUCACGAAAAGGUGCAGGCUCUGCAAUAUCUGCAGUUAUCUAAGCAGUUGGUCUCCUGCUCUGCCGAUGGAGCUAUUGCAGUGUGGAACAUGGAUGUUCCACGGCAGGAGGCUCCACAGUGGUUGGAUAGCGACUCAUGUCAGAAGUGUGAACAGCCGUUUUUUUGGAACAUUAAGCAAAUGUGGGACACUAAGACCCUUGGUCUCCGACAACACCAUUGCAGGAAAUGUGGGAAGGCAGUUUGUGGGAAGUGUAGCUCUAAACAUUCAACCUACCCCAUCAUGGGAUUUGAGUUCCAGGUGCGAAUGUGUGAUGACUGCUACAACACAAUCAAAGAGGAAGAUCGAGUGCCUAUGGCUAUGUUCCAUGAAGGGAAGCACAACAUAUCUCAUAUGGACAUUGACAGUUCUAGAGGCCUGAUGGUCACCUGCGGGAGUGACCGUAUUGUUAAGAUAUGGGAUAUGAUCCAGCUGGUUGGCUAUAACAUUUCAACAGGCUCUCACUGAGUAAUAGAAGCACUUAGAAGGCCCAUUACAGGAGCUCGUCAAGUAUGAAUCCACAAACCCUGCCCUGUAGUUAUAUUUCUGUAUGUCUGUGUUAUUCUAGUCAUUUUUGUCAUCAGUGUUGUCUGAAUUGUGCUUAUUCCUCUCUCUCUGUGUGUGCGCGUGUGUGCGUGUGCGCGUGUGUGCGCGCGUGUGUGUGCGGAGCCCUUGUCCAAGCAUGUUGAUUCUCUCUCUUUCUCUCUCUCUCUCCCUCCCUCCUCCUCCUUGCCUUAUUAUACUCAGGUGAAGAAGUUCUAUUUAUAAUAGUUCUAUUCAGACUCUAAAAAUAGAGACCGAUAAAGUGGUUUCAUUGCAGUUCGUACUAUGUUGCCACAGAAAGUUAAGCAAAAAAUGCAAGGCACGACUCAUCUUAAGAUUAAGUUAAGAUUGAGUUAAGAUUGCUGAAAAACUUAACUCUUAAAUGUAAGAUUUAUCUGAAAGGUUGAUCAUUCAACAGAGAGCUCUCUGUUAUAAAACAAUUGUUUUUAUUGAGAUCAGGUAGGUGAUAAUAUCAGUUGAGGAGGACUGGUGCAUAGUUGGUAUUCCAAUUUAUUUAAAAGGUCUUCAGUAGAAAUGAGGUCAGGUCAAGUUAUUCAAGGAUUUUUUUUUUUCUUCUAAAUGUUGUGUGCUAAAAUGCCAGGAGCAGUUUCAGAUGUUCGCAAUCAGUCUGUCUGGCACAACCAACCAUACCAUGAUCAAAGUCUGAUCUCACACUUUUCUUCAUUCUGCUGUUGACAUUUAUUUUAGCUCGUGACCUGUAUCUACAUGAUGUUAUGCAUUUUGAUUCUGCCACAUGAUUGGAUGAUAAUUGUAUGAAUGAUAUGCAGGUGCUACUAACAAGUGCCCAGUGUAUAUAUAAUACAGCCUGCCUCUCUCUCUCUCUCUCUCUCUCUCUCUCACUCACAUACUUUUUGCUUAUUGCCCUCUCUUUAACUGAACUUUUUUUUUCUGUAAAAAUGUCCUUGAGAAAGCUGUAUCUGUUAUGCUUUAUAUAUGGGCUAUUUGAUAAAGCAUUUUACUAACCCAACCAUCAUAGACCAUUUUGAACAUAGGACAUUUUGAUAUUUUCUGGUCAUAUUAAAGAAAGGCAUUAUUUAAUGUAACUGAAUUUAUGUGGACUCGGUCACACUGAUGACACUUGGAUGUUUUGUAAACUCUAGAAAAGGAUGCAGUCAUUUCAAGAAGUUUGCAAUGACCUUAGUACAGUAUCAAAAUUGAAAUUGUUUGUGUUGCAGGAUAAAGAUUUUGGAGUGCAAUUGUCAGAAAAAAAAGCUCUGUCUUCAUAAACUGUUCUUGUAUAUUAAACACUAAUUGAUCAGCUUUGA